AGGAAGAGCGGUUCUUUUUCUCGAGUAGCCAUGGACUCGGAGCACUGGAUCUCGCGCCUCGCCGCCGCCAAGCGCUUCUACGCCGCGCAGCUCGGCCACAUCGACGAUAUGUCCGGGAUGGGGAUGGAGGAAGUGGAGAUGGACAUGGAGGACGACGGGGAGAUGGACAUGGAGAUGGAGAUGCAGCUCCAGGAGGCCAGCGCCAGAUGGCCCGAGGUCGCAUGCCCCUACUGCUACGAGGACUACGACCUCGGAUCACUAUGCGUACACCUCGACGAAGACCACCCAUACGAGCCACACCCAGCGCCCUGCCCCAUCUGCUCUGAAAAGGUUACAAGAGAUAUGCUAAAUCAUAUCACCAUGCAACAUGGUUACUUGUUCAAGAAUGGCAGUCGGUUGCGCAGAUACGUUAUUCCUGAGAGCCGUGCAGUUUCUUUACUGAGUCGAGAUCUACGUGAUGCUCAUUUGCAGGCGCUUCUAGGAGGCGGUCAUAGUCAUAGGUCAAGCAACCCCGCGACCACGACUACGAAUAUUUAUGCUGAUCCGCUGCUUUCAUCGUUUGGGCUGGGGUUUGCAACAUCAGAUGCCGAGGAACCAUCAAAAUCACCAAUUCCGGUUCCAGAUGGCACUUCAAAGCUCAAGGAGGCGCCUCCUCAACCCUGGGAAUCAAGUAUUGACUCGUCCCUCACCAGCGAGGAAAGGGAACAAAAGCGGAAACAAGCCACUAGCAGAGCGACCUUUGUGCAAGACCUGCUCUUCUCCACUUUAUUUGGAGAUGACUGACUGCUCAAAUAGCCAUACAUCCUUGUUAGAUGGGUGCUUCCUCAGGCUGAUUUGGAAUAGAACCAGCACUCUGGCCAGAGUUAGUGGAUCCAACUUCGGCGACAGGGAGAUGCGUGUCUGGUGCACCGUUUCUUCGCAUCAGUCAUUUGGGCAUGAAAUACACCUUAAUUUAUGGUAGCUGUCCCAUAUAGACAUUUUUACAGAAUUCUCGGCCAGCAAUACCUUUGCCUUGAUUGUAACUUGUUGUACCAUCCUCUUCAUUAUCAAGGAACAUUGGUUUGUACCAACCUGGCACAGCUGUUACAUGCUAUACAAUGCGAUGGAAAAUACAGAAGUUCCACUUGUGUGGAAGCAAUAAGCAGAAUCCGAGUCCUUGUAA